AUGGAGACACUGCCAAGUUACGCCGAAGACAUAUACGGCGGAGAUUCGCCGUCCAUCUCGAUGUUGUCGGAGGUCGCUGCUGCCAGAAAGAUCACCAUUGUAGGUGGAUCCAUACCUGAGAAGGCGUCUGGGAAGGUGUUCAACACCUGCUGUGUCAUCGGACCAGAUGGACAGAUAUUGGCCGAGCAUAGGAAAAUUGACAUCCCAGGAGACAUCACGCUGAAGGAAUCUGAUACAUUCACAGAUGUUGGACGGAUUGGCAUAGGAAUAUGCCAUGAUAUCCGGUUUCCAGAGCUUGCAAUGCUGUACAGAUCAAAAGGUGCGCACCUGAUAUGCUAUCCUUCUGCAUUCAACAUGAGCACCGGGGAGCUCCUGUGGGACCUCAUGCAGAAGUCCAGGGCUGUUGACAAUCAGUUAUUUGUAGCAACCUGCUCACCGGCGCGAGACCCUAACGCGAACUCGGACUACAUGAUAAGGGGCCAUUCGAGCCUCAUCGGACCAUUUGGUGAAGUGCUUGCGGCAGCUGGGCACGAGGAAGCGACCGUCAUCGGCGGGAUGGACCUCUCUACGAUACAGUCUACAAGGGAGAACCUCCCGUUGGAGAUGCAGAGCAGAGGAGACCUCUACCGAUUGGUUGACGUUCUGGUCAAUGACUCGAUGAAAUCGCGCUCUGAUCUGUGCCGCGAGAUGCCUGCCUAG